GUGCACUCACCUUAUUGCAAGGUGUGUUGCAUGAUCGUCGCGAUGGAUGAAAGCGACGAACAUAUGCCAAAGAGGCGCAAGAUAUCCCACGAUACCAAAUUUGCCCUACCUCCCCCAUUUUUGAGAUACAGCCCGAUCGCGCAGACCACGUUGGAGAUACUCGACACCGAUCUCGAAAAGGCCGGACUCCGUGACCGCGACCAUCCUUUGCCCGUGACUGUCGAAAUCAUAUCGGACACGGAUGAACCGCUUCUGAUCAGUCUGAGCGUGGGAAAGAGCAAGGGUUUGAAAGAGGUGCGAGCGAGAGCGCCAUUGUCAACGACGGACAGAGAGAUCCUGCUGGAUUCGACACACCUCGACUCCGCAGUGAAAUACAGACAUUCUGCCGCCUUACCGCUGGCAUGUACUUAUUCUAGCAUUCAGGCUACUGCUAAUGGUGUUGAGUUGACGACUUUGAUUCUGUGGGAAGACACUGUCUCGCUGAGGGACAAAGUCGACCCAAAGUUGCGCGAUGUCCUCGCUCGCUAUGUGCCGUCUAAAACAAUCACAGCGCCCUCAUUCGAGUCAUGGGAACCACGUCAAUUCUAUGACAGCGUUCACGUCCCCGAAAAAUCAGAAGAAGCAUCUGCAAAGAUCAAUGUGCCAUAUCUGGAAUCCACGUUAUUUCCCUUUCAGCGUCGUGGCGUGCGAUGGCUUCUACGCCGAGAAGGCGUCGAUCUCAGGUCGAGCGGACAAACCCAGCUGCUGCCUGAUUCUCCUGCGAAUUUUCUACCCCAAGGGUUUGAGAUGACUAAGACCUCCGAUGGAGUUCAAUGCUACGUCAGCCAUGCUUUGGGUAUUCUCUCGACCGACUUGUCCUCGAUUCAAAAGCAAUUCGGUUCUAUCAAAGGCGGCAUCCUGGCCGAUGAGAUGGGUCUUGGCAAGACGUUGGAGAUAAUAUCUUUGAUCGGCCUGCACCCUAGACCACCGGUCCUGGGCGACCCUCUUGGUUUGCGACAGUCUUCCUCUACGCUGAUCAUCACUCCUCCUACGAUUCUAGAACAAUGGAAACAAGAACUGCAGGAACAUGCUCCCGCUCUGCGUGUAUACCAUUAUCAAGGUGUCAAUACUUACAGGAAGGCGGGUGAUAAACUUAUCGAUGAGCUUUUAAGUCAAGAUGUGGUUUUGACUACAUACAAUGUCAUCGCUAAGGAGGUUCAUUAUGUUGCAGAGAAGCCUGAUCGAAAGCUCCGGAACCGACAGCGAUAUGAACCUCCCAAAAGCCCCCUGACACAGAUUUCAUGGUGGAGAGUUUGUCUGGACGAAGCCCAAAUGGUGGAAAGUGGUGUAUCUUCAGCGGCAACUGUUGCUCGCCUGAUUCCUCGGAUUAAUGCUUGGGCAGUCACGGGUACUCCUCUGCGGAAAGGGCACAGAGACCUGUAUGGCCUCCUCCUGUUUCUUCGCAGUAUGCCAUGGUCUCACUCGACUCGGCUGUGGGACUAUCUAGUCAGCUAUCAUCGACCGCUUUUCAAAGAUAUGCUGGGCGAGAUUGCUAUGAGGCAUACAAAAGAUUUCGUGCGGGAAGACUUGCGGUUACCCCCUCAAAGCAGACAUACCAUUACAAUCCCAUUCACACCUAUUGAAGAACAACACUAUUCGCAACUUUUCCAGGAGCUUUGUGAGGAUUGCAACCUUGAUCGAACGGGUGCACCUCAAAAUGAUGACUGGGACCCAGACUCACCGGCCAUGAUUGAGAAGAUGAGGACAUGGCUCACUCGUCUACGGCAGACUUGUCUACACCCAGAGGUUGGCGGUCAUAAUCGUCGCGCUUUGGGUAGAAACCACAAUGGGCCCUUGAGGACGGUUGAGCAGGUCCUAGAUGUGAUGAUCGAUCAACAUGAAGGCCAAGUCCGAACCGCUCAGCGACUCCGCCUGAUGGCCAAGAUACGUAGGGGCCAAUUGAAGGAAAAUGCCAAAACCACGGGUGAGGCUCUAGAAAUAUGGAAAGAGGUGCAUGAGGAAUCGUGUGUCAUCGUGGAGGAAUGUCGGCAACAAUUUGAAGAAGAACAACAGACCUCUGAAAUCAUAAAGGCAGAGGAUGAUGACAACGAAGAGGCUAAUCCGCGAUUGACCACCAUGCGCGCACGGCUACGAUCUGCGCUAGAAAUACAACAUAUUGCCAUCUUCUUCAUCGCCAAUGCAUAUUUCCAGCUCAAAUCGCUACAAACCGAGGGAAGUGAAGCUUUUGAAAAUCUCGAAAGGCAAGAAACUGCGGCAUAUGAAAAAGCCAAAGCCGUACGAGGCGAACUCCUUGCGGAGAAUCUACGGCACGUCAACAAGUUAAUCACGUCCGUCAGAAAUAGUAUUUCGAGCGGUUCCGUGGCAAUUCCUGAUCUCAAGGAGCCUGAUGGAUAUAGCGGGAUCGAGAGCCGCAAAAUCUUUGACAAGAUCGAUGCUUACUGUGAAGCGAUGAAUGUCCAAGCUCAGCAGUUCCGAGAAUUGCGGAUGAAGAUGGCCGACUUUCUAAGCCAAGCACUUAUCGAUGAAGAUGAGGGAGUCGAGCUGCAGGGUGACGAAUAUGAAAGUUCCACAAAGCAUCAAGAUGAAAUGUAUGCUUACAUGGAGGCAUUGAGAGCGCUAUUUGCGGACCGCAGCGAAGCUCUCAGCGGGCAAGAGAACAUGCUUAUCAAACAAGAGAUGAAGCAAUUUCUUCGUGCCGCGAAGGAAGGUCAAGGCCCGGCCCCCGAACUAAUGCUGAACUUGCUUGCAGAGCGAGAGCAGAAGAGGGUCAAGGUUUCUGAAUUCGGUUGUCUGCGCGGGCUGAUCGCAGAAGUCAGGCAGACGGUUACUUCGUUGCAGUGGCUGGAGGGUAACGGUCACACUCGAGCAGGCUAUGAAGUAACUAUCCUUGAGAGCGUGCUGAAACAUAUGCAACAGUUGAACACCGCUCAGACCAAAUGUCUCACCAGUCUCGAACAAGAAGUCAACCAAUUCCGUGACACGAUGAACAGUCGUCUUGACUAUUAUCGUGCUCUCCAGAAAAUCUCUGAUACAGUCGCUCCGUACCAAGAAGAAAACGUCGGAAAGCCGCUGUCAGAACGACAUUACCACGAAUUCGAAGUCGAAGAGGCCAAACAUCAGCAGAAGGUUGUUUCAUUGUCGGCCAAAUUGCGGUAUUUGCUUCAUAUGAAGUCGACGGAAACCAAGUCUUCCGCUCCUAGAGUCUGCACAAUCUGCACCGAUCAGUUCGAGAUUGGGACCAUGACCUCCUGCGGUCAUCAAUUCUGCAAAGAGUGUGUUCUGACGUGGUGGGCCCAACACCGCAACUGUCCAGUCUGCAAGACCACGCUACAUCCGAAUAGUUUUCACGACAUAGCGUACAAACCCGCUGAGAUCGCAGUGCAGGCCGAGUCCCCUUCGUCGACCUCUCCGACCACCAAUUCUCCGUCCGGUGCGGACCGAACUCACGAUCAGUCAAUUUACUCAGAUAUCAGUACUAGCAUGCUGAACCAGAUCAAGAACAUCGAUCUUCGGGGUCCGAGCUUUGGUAGUAAGAUCGAUUUCCUGUGUCGACACCUCUUGUGGCUCCGCGAGCACGAUCCAGGCUGCAAGUCGAUCAUCUUCUCCCAGUAUCGCGAGUUCAUCGACGUCCUUGCCCGGGCGUUUUCAGAGUACAAGAUCUCUUCUACGCGUUUCGACAUCAAGAACGGAAUCGAAAAGUUCAAGGCCGAUCCUUCGAUCGAGUGUUUUCUCUUGCACGCAAAGGCCCACUCCGCCGGUCUGAACCUCGUGGUGGCGAGCCACGUGUUUUUGUGCGAGCCUCUGAUCAACACGGCCAUCGAGUUGCAGGCCAUUGCGCGUGUCCAUCGAAUUGGCCAGCACAGACCCACGACGGUGUGGAUGUACCUGAUCGCCGAUACGGUCGAAGAGAGCAUCUACGACAUCUCCGUCGCGAGGAGAUUGGCACAUUUGAAGAGCAAUUCCGACAGUAGGAGCUCGGGCUCGAUCAAAGACAAAGGAAAAAGCAAGGCGUCCUCCUCCGCUGCAAGUUCUGGCACGGCGACGCCAGCCGCGUCGUCAUCGUUGCAGGAAAACGCCAUCGACGCGGCGAACUCGAUGGAGCUCCAGGCAGCCGAUCUGUCGAGAUUGCUUACCGCGGGUAAAAAUGGCGGCGAGAUGGUGGACAAGGAAGAUCUCUGGGCGUGUUUGUUCGGCCGGGUCAAGAAGCGCGAGGAAGUCACGGGUGGGUUUGCGGAUGCCAGACCUGCUUCGUCGGAGAUGGGUCGAUUGCUCAGACUCGAAGCUGCACAACAUCGACACGGUUCGAAAGUGCUUUGAUGUGUAUAAUAGGGGCGAGGCUGUACUACGAUUUCGUGACCGAUCUCUUCUUGCGUUCUGCUGUUGGGAAGACUCGAGUGAGAUUACGUUUGGCGUUGGACUGGCCAACAGAUUGAAAUGUGCUUUAGAUAGAGAGAGACACCAUGAGAACCUAGAGAUGAA